AUGGAACUCGAGGAGCAGCAACACAAGCCACCGAAGAAGAACAAGCUGAAGAAGAAUCCGCAGCGUGGAGUCGGUGUUGCGCAGUUGGAGAAGCUCCGGUGCAUGGAGAAGCAGCAAAGGAUCUCCAGCAUAGCCGUCUCCUCCUCGUCGGAUUUCUCUUCGCAAGGCUUGGUAUUCCCACCGCCCCCUCCUGCCACAGCUGUCAUGAAACCUCAGGCAACCUCCAAUUUUUUCAACAACCAGCAGCAUCAACACCGACAACCGCCGGGGUUUUUUCCGAUGUUAUGGAACACAGCUAUCGAAGCAAAAGGAGAUGCCCCACCGAUGAAGAAGAUAGCAGUCCCUGUUCCUCAGAGGAAGCAACAACCGCUGCUGGUUGAUUCUCAGACAUGUCACCGGAUGGAGCCCCCUUCAAGCCAAAACAACUCAAGCAGCUAUGAUUUGCUCUCUUGCUGGAGAUCAGAGCUAGACAAGAAUUCAGUAGAGAUGACAGUUGACAACAAGCGGCCACCGCCACCGGCUUUUCAUCUCAACGAGGUCAUUGUUACCAGGAAACAAGAAGCUUAUUUCCCCCAUAAACACCCUUUUCUCUCCAGUGAAUUCUCACCUGCAAAUGGAAGCAACUUGAUCAAACUUGAAUUCCAAGCUGUUAGAGGAAACUCUUCAACUCCAUUUGUGGGCUUGGCAAAUUCAGAUGUUUACAUUGAGAGGAGCAAAGGCAAUGGUGGUGCACAUGAUGGCAGUUUUCUUACCUUGGCUUCAGUUUCAACGCCGAGCUUAUUGAAACCUUUUGACAUCCCUCAGCAUUAUCAGUAUGAUCAUUCUGAUUUCAGUCUGCAGAAUUCUCAGGCAAGAAAAAAGGAGACAGUUAACGCUUCUUCAUCUAAUGAAUUGUCAUUCUAUGAUUUCUUGCUCCCUGGUUCAGUUAGAAAUGAGAAAAAAACAGUAACUGAGAUAAGGGAAUCACCAGAUGGGGACAUUGAUCUCAACUUGAGACUUUAG